UGACGCUAAAGCUGUUUCCUGUCGGAGGCUACUUCGGUGCGACUGAAAUUUCCGCGACUUCCAAAUAUUGUUCCGGAUUUCUUUCCGCGACCGACGUAGUCCCGGAGAAGGCGAUGAGGCGCCUUCAGGAUCCCCCAAGGGUCUAUCAAGAGAAACUGCCGGAUCACAUGGAAGAAGGGUUGAAGCACCAGGAUUCAGGGAUGUAUAAAGGAUCCGCGUACUCUGGCUAUCCUUUCCUCAUGCUGUCUGAUCCCUACCUGCCCAAUGGAUCUAUGUCGCCUUUGUCCAACAAGGUUCCUGUAGUACAGCCGUCCCAUGGUGUCCAUCCACUCACCCCCCUCAUCCCUUACAGCAAUGAGCAUUUCAGCCAUGGCUCCCAUUCGCCGCACCUGCCAGCUGACAUCAGCCAGAAACAAGGUGUACACCGUCCUUCUCAAACAUCAGAUGUUUCUGGUUUCUAUUCUCUCCCUCCUAGUGGAGUUGGACAAGUAACACCUUCUAUGGGAUGGCAGAGCCAGCCUGUCUGUCCUUUCCAGUCAUGUGGAUUUAGACAGCCCUAUACGUCGGCGCUCUCGGCUGGGGCUACUUUCUCUAGGAUCACACACCCAUUAGUGCUUGGCUCUGGGAUGCAUACAGCAGGAAUCCCACACCCAGGAAUCACAUCUUCUUCUGGGAAACAAGAUAUGGAUUAUUAUGACCGCAGCAUGAAAUCACAACCAGAACCAAAGAGAGAAAAGGAAGCCAAGAAGCCUACUAUCAAGAAGCCCUUGAAUGCCUUCAUGUUGUAUAUGAAAGAAAUGCGGGCAAAGGUCAUUGCUGAGUGCACCUUGAAAGAAAGUGCUGCCAUCAAUCAGAUUUUAGGAAGGCGGUGGCAUGCACUGUCGCGAGAGGAACAGGCCAAGUACUAUGAGCUGGCUCGCAAGGAAAGGCAGCUUCACAUGCAGCUCUAUCCAGGCUGGUCUGCAAGAGAUAAUUAUUCUUCUUCAGGCUCUUCAUCCCGUGAUCACACAAAGUUUAACUCAGGGCCCCUGGAAUUCAGCAGCACUUCGGGGCCGGUUUCUGCGGCAAGGGGGAAAAAGAAACGGCGGACAAGAGAAAAGCAGCAGGACUCCAAUUCAGAUCCUGCCUCUCCUAAGAAAUGCAGAGCUCGCUUUGGCCUCAACCAACAAAUGGACUGGUGCGGCCCAUGCAGGAGGAAAAAGAAGUGCAUUCGGUACCUACAAGGAGAAGGACGCUGUGCCAGCCCAGUUUCUUCCGAUGGAAGUGCUAUAGAUUCCCCUUCUUCCCCUUUGGAUGUGCUCCAGUGCACAGCCUCUGCUUUAACUUCAGAAAAGCUUCCUGCACCUGCCAGUUUGACACUCCCCAGGCAACCUAAUCCUUUUCCUGUCACUGCACAUCUCAAAAUGUCUACUAGCGCCUCAGGACUCCCUUCUAAAUGCUCAGUGGUGCCUCACGCAUCUCUAGCACCCAGCGAAUCCUCAGGGUACAGCAUGCUAUCAAUAGGAACAUAGUGCUAAUGCAGAAAUGACCAAGAUGGCUCACAAACUCAUCAGGCACUUUGAAGGAAAACUUCACUGCCUACAGAAGCGACCUAGAGACCAACAAGCCAAGCCUCCCCACCACACCUCCAGACAGCAAGUUCAAUGUCAGAUGCAAGUUGGACCACUAAUCAGAAAGCACUGGAACACUGAAAAGUGAUUUGUAUCUAGGUAAGGACAGCAGAAAUCUCAUCUAAAAGUAGGAAUGAAGACUCAAAACUUAAUUCUGGUCAGUUGCUGAGUGCAUUGCUUCCUCUACCAAACCAACUAAAAGUAAAAUAGCACCCACAGAUUUUUAUGCAUAGGUGAGGGGAUGCUAUGAAUGCUACACGUUAAUUGCCUUCUUGCAGAGAUUUUGAGUUUCAGUCACUCUGCAGAUAAUACACCUGGAUGUCAAAACAACCUAGAAGGUGACCCCCCCCCCCCGUACAAAUGUCUAGGGUAAAUGUUAAAUGGUUAAUAAGAAAAAGAGGAAUACAUUAUUAAGUCUCAUCUUUGGGAACAAAUCUCAAGUUCUUCAGAGCUGUAACACCAGCUGGACAAGUCAGCAGUGUGAAAGUGUGAAAAUGUUCCGUGAUAAAGGAAGCAUACACUGGCAACUUGAAUGUUUGUCAAGAAUUCCUUUUGUACGAAACAUAACAGACAUCUACUGGCAGAAACAUCAAUAUUUUGUGUUAAAAUAUUAAAUUCUACAAUUUGUCUUAAGAAUGUAAAAUUCACCAAAAAUGUGAAUGGGUGAUUCUGCUGGGGGUCAUGGGGUCAAGGAGUCACACAAACCACUGAAAGAGAAACAACAAACUCUUAUCACUAGAAAUCUUACUCAGCACACAUUCUGGCUUUCUUUUCAGGACUUUUCCAGAACACAUCUUCAAGCCUAUUGUGGCAAUUAUAAGGAUAUGAGAAGAAAUCUUAGGUUCUAAUGUUGCUAAUUUAGACACUCAGGAUCAAAUGCUGUUAUGCAGAGUAAAGGAGUAAAUAUAUGGUGUAAUUUCUGACGAAGCUGCAACACCUAAACCUAGUUACAUUCCAUUAAUUACUAAACCUUCCCAUACCUUUACUUUAAAAAAAAAGGUACUGUUUGAAGAUUAUGCACUCCCCAUGCUGUCACUGCAUUCUCAAUGCUCAGUAAAACUUGACAGCUGAGCACCAGAGCUGUUUCACCCGCCCCUCAAAUACAUUAAUUAGAGAUAGCAGUGUAGUGAAAAGCCCAUGUAUUUUUCAGUUCGGAGGUACUGGAGAAAAGUUAAGAUAAUACAUAUUGCAGAAGGACUGAAGUUGGGGGUGUCAUUUUUCCAGUAACUACAAGACAAUGUAUUUGAGCAAGCCAUACUAUAAACUAACAGUAAACAAGCUCUGAGGGUCCAGGGGACGAUUUUCCACCCUUGGGUCCCUCCCACUCAAAAAAAAA